GCGAUCCCGGCCGGCAUGAUGUGCCUGGAAUGCGCCUCAGCGGCGGCGGGCGGCGCGGAGGAGGAGGAGGCGGACGCGGAGCGGCGCCGGCGCCGGGGGGCGCAGCUAGGGACUAGCGGAGCUGGUUGCUGCGGGGCGCGGGCAGCGGGCGCCGCUGGAGUCGCGGCCGCCGACGAUGAGGUGCAGACGCUGUCGGGCAGUGUGAGACGGGCCCCGUCGGGACCUCCAAGCACCCCCAGCACCCCCAGCUGCGCAGCCGCUGCCAAGGGCCCGGGCGCGCAGCAGCCCAAACCCGCCAGCUUGGGCCGCUGGCGGUGGGCAGCCGCCGCCAUCCUCAGCUUGGGCAACGUGCUCAACUACCUGGACAGGUACACCGUAGUAGGUGUCCUUCUGGAUAUCCAGCAGCACUUUGGGGUCAAGGACCAAAGUGCCGGAUUGCUGCAGUCAGUGUUCAUCUGCAGCUUCAUGGUGGCUGCCCCCGUCUUUGGCUACCUGGGCGACCGCUUCAACAGGAAGGUGAUCCUCACCUGCGGCAUUUUCUUCUGGUCGGCAGUCACGUUCUCCAGCUCCUUCAUCUCCCAGCAGCACUUCUGGCUGCUGGUCUUGUCCCGGGGGCUGGUGGGCAUCGGCGAGGCCAGCUACUCCACCAUCGCGCCCACCAUCAUUGGCGACCUCUUCACCAAGAACACACGCACGCUCAUGCUGUCUGUCUUCUACUUCGCCAUCCCGCUGGGCAGCGGCCUGGGCUACAUCACUGGCUCCAGUGUGAAGCAGGCAGCCGGAGACUGGCACUGGGCCUUGCGGGUGUCCCCCAUCGUGGGCAUGAUCACAGGGACACUCAUCUUCAUCCUGGUCCCAACCACGAAGAGAGGCCAUGCCGACCAGCUCGGGGGGCAGCUCAAGGCACGGACCUCGUGGCUCCGAGACAUGAAGGCCCUGAUCCGCAACCGCAGCUACGUCUUCUCCUCCCUGGCCACGUCGGCUGUGUCCUUCGCCACAGGGGCCCUGGGCAUGUGGAUCCCGCUCUACCUGUACCGUGCCCAAGUCGUGCAGAAGACGGCAGAGACGUGCAGCAGCCCGCCAUGUGGGGCCAAGGACAGCCUCAUCUUCGGGGCCAUCACCUGUUUCACGGGCUUUCUGGGUGUGGUCACGGGCGCGGGAGCCACACGCUGGUGCCGCCUUCGGACCCAGCGAGCCGACCCGCUGGUGUGCGCUGUGGGCAUGCUGGGCUCUGCCAUCUUCAUCUGCCUCAUCUUCGUGGCCGCCAAGAGCAGCAUUGUGGGGGCCUAUAUCUGCAUCUUUGUCGGGGAGACGCUGCUGUUUUCUAACUGGGCCAUCACUGCAGACAUCCUCAUGUGUGUGGUCAUCCCCACAAGACGGGCCACCGCCAUGGCCCUGCAGAGCUUCACCUCUCACCUGCUGGGGGACGCUGGCAGCCCCUACCUCAUCGGCUUUAUCUCCGACCUGAUCCGCCAGAGCACCAAGGACUCGCCUCUCUGGGAGUUCCUGAGUCUGGGCUACGCCCUCAUGCUCUGCCCCUUCGUUGUGGUCCUGGGUGGCAUGUUCUUCCUGGCCACUGCUCUCUUCUUCCUCAGGGACCGUGCCAAGGCUGAGCAGCAGGCGAGCGAGCUGGCGAUGCCGCCCGCAUCCAUGAAGGCCUGAGGCGGUGCCUCUGGAACUAUGAAGAGCGCUCCCUCCCACCUAGCCUGGGAGGUGUCCUUCAGCACCCCAGCCCUGCUGGGUUGUCCAGCUUCACACGCAACCCACGGCUGGAUACCCACCGUCUCUGGUCUGGGACCACCGAGUGGCCAUGGCUCCAAGAGGAGCCUGUGUCCUCAACGAACCCGGAGGGCCACGUGCACUGGGGCCACAUGGGUGGACAGACCCCCAGCCUUGGGCCGGGGCUGCAGGGGCCCUGGGACCCAAGAAGAAGACAGCCCCCACUGGGCGUGUGGAGAGAGCCUGGGCUGCCACCCGCUUACGUCCUGGGCAGGUCCCUGCCCUCUCCAGACCGCAGGGCCAGGGAGCUGGACUUGCCCUCGCAGCUUGCCAGGCAAGGCACUCGCUGCAGCUUUGGAGACCCAACGGCUCCUGGACUGCACCCAGAGGCGGCCCAGGCCCCAGGGUGUCACUUCAGGCUCUGAGGCUUCCUGGUGUGUGGGAACCAUGGCCUUUCAGUCGGGCCUCUGACCUGAGUGUCAGUGGACUCAGCCUGACACCCGUCACUGAGAAUUCCCCAGCCUGGACAGUCCCUUGCCUCUGCUGCUUUGGGCUGGUUCUUGGCCCGGACGUCUCCUGGGUGAGGACCAUCUGAGUGGAGAGCUGGCAUCGCCAGGGGUGAAGGCCCUGGUGGUUGCUACGUGUCACCUGUGCCCUCAGGCCUGAGACCAUGGGGGUUGCCUGCCUGGGAGACAGGGCUCCCUGCAGUCCCUGUUAUCUUCCUGGACGCCCCACAGAAGCCAGAAUCUACUCCUGCCCCCCACAGGGCUCUUGCCAGAGGUAGGGCCCAGGGGGACUCUUCCUGGAACCCAUGGGCAGCAGCCAGGGCUCUGCCAGCCAGGGGCGGUGGCCCUCCACUGAGCUUCCUGACCCAAGGGAGAGCUGGUGGAGGACGAGGCCCGAGAGGCUGCGGCUCCUGAGCCGCCUCCACCCAGCGUCGGCGCUGCUGCUCACGUGCACCUCCGCAGCCCACGGCCGCCCCGGGGUCCCAUCUGCGUACACUAUCCCACCCUCACAGCCACACGCAGGGCGCAGCUGCUGAAUCUCACACCAGACCCUGGCGCCCAGUGUGCAGCUCGCCGCAGCCCCUCUGCUCCACUCCCCUCCCCGCACAUUUGCUGGAAUCAAGGCGGUUCUGGUCUGGGGGCCCCUCGGAGACCCGAAGAGCCGGCUUAGACAAUGCUCUCCUUGCCCUGUAGUCAGUGGCUGGCGUGGCUUCAGUGGUGUCUAAGCUACUGGAAUACCCACUCCCCACCAAGCUCUGGGGCGCCUUGGAGGGGGCCUAACAAGGGGGUAGGAUCCCCCAAAGACCAGCCUGGCCUCCACCCUCACCCCAGCCUCAACUGGGGCCCCAGCAAUCUUUUCUUGUUGUACAAGAACCAGGUCCAAGUGUUGCCUCCUCUUCCUUCCGGAAGCCAAACUGCUCCUUUAUUUUUUAGAGCUGCUGAUUGUGAAUCUCAGAGUCUUAAGAGAGAAACCAAAUAUAUUCC